AUGAUUAACCUGGUGGCAAAAUCUGCCAGAUGUGCACGUUUGGUUGCCCAUAGACCGAUCGCUGCCAGACGCACCCUAAUUGCGUCUCAGUAUAGAUUUUACAGUGAGAAAAAGGACGAGCAAAAAGUCGACUCCAUUUUGGACGAGGACCUUCUUGCCAAAGCGGGCAUUGAUUCUGAACCUAAAACAGAGUCACAAGAAGAACCUAAAAGGCACGAGCCACAAGAAGACGAGUUUGGUCAACCUAGAAAGAGAAGAAACAAUGUCAAAUCCUCCUUGGACAAGAAGAAAGACAGACUAGCCAAAAUGUUUUGGUUCUCUGUUUUAGGGGCCGCUUUGGCUGGAGGAGUCUACAACUCCAGAGACUGGGACCCAGAAGAAGAGAAGGAUCUGUACAACCCCGAAGAGAAUGGACUAAAUCCAGUCAACGUGUGGACAAGAUUUAAGAAGAGAUUGUGGGGAGUCACAAACGUGUUCUCCGAACCAGCAUUCACCGAUCUGCUUCCGCCUCCUCCUCCUGCUCCCUACAGACAUCCAUUGACGUUGGUGUUAGAGCUUGAUGAUCUGCUUAUUCAUGCUGACUGGGAUCACAAAAAAGGAUGGAAGACUGCCAAGAGACCAGGGGUUGACUACUUUUUGGGCUAUCUUUCCCAAUACUAUGAAAUCGUGAUUUUCUCCAGAUCUUCAAUGGCAUUCGCUGAAACGGCUGUUGCAAAGCUGGACCCAUAUCACGCUUUCAUUUCCUACUCUUUGUUCCGCGAGGCUUGCAGGACCAAAGAUGGGAAAGUCAUCAAGGAUUUGAGUUUGAUGAACAGAGACUUGGGAAAACUGAUCAUUAUUGAUCCCGAUGAAUCGUGUUAUUCUAUGCAGCCUGAAAACGCCAUUCCUAUUGAUAAAUGGGAUGGCAAAAAGGACGACAAGCUUGUUAGAUUGAUUCCUUUCCUUGAAUACCUGGCCACCCAGCCAAUCAAGGAUGUGAGACCUGUUUUGGCGUCGUUUAAAGAUAAAAAGAAGAUCCCCGAAGAAUUUGCUGAGAGAGAGGUGAAGUUGAGACAACAAUGGGAGAAAGAACAGAAGCAAAUCAAUGGCUCCACCCUUACCUCCUCAUUGCUGGGUAUCUCUCAAAUGAGACCUAGAAAGAUGCCUUUGGACCUAAUAAGGGAACACGGGCAAAAAAAUUACCUUCAUAUGUACAACUAUCUGAAGGAGAAUGGAGAGAAGCUGUUGCAAGAAGAGCAACAAAAAACGAAAGAGCUGCUAGCCGAUCAAAAGUUAACCCUGGAGAAGAUCUUCACUGAGGGAAUGCCAACUGCCGAGGACAUCGCCAAGCAGCAGGCUAUCCAAGCAGCUCAAGAAGGACAGGCUCCAGCAAAACGAUAA